CCCCCCAAAGAAAAAAAAAAUCAGCUUUGGCAGUUUUCUUUAAAAGAAGAAGCUUCGAUGGAGGCAGAAAAAAACUGGGUUUAAAGCCCAAUUCCUCCUCCUCUUCUUCUUUUUAUGCUUUCUCUCUAAGCUAAAUGCUAGGUCAAUCACGAGAAACAACCUUAUCCUGUUGAUUCUCCCACGACCUUAAUUUAACUCGUUUAGGGUUUUCACUUUUCAUCGUUUUCUUUAAAGAAAAAAAAAAAACAAAAGGGUCAAAGAAAAAGCACCGACCCUGGGUCGUUUUUGCCCUGAGAACCUGUAUUUUGCUUCCCGCGGCCCUCAAAGAUCUCGAAGAAAUCAUGAAUACUUCCAAGAAGCCAUUAUUUGCAGGUCAGGCUUUGUUUCAGUUUUAUUUCUGCUUAGAAACAGAAAAAUAUUAGCAGUAGCAGCCAUAUAUCUAGACCCAAAAUUUCUUUUCCUUUGUCUUUCCCCUCAUUUUGCCAUCAAUCUAAACCAUAUUAUCUAGUGUGAUAAAGAAGGUAAUUUUUGGUGGUGGUGGGUCAUCCUAAUGAACUUUGUGCAAGAUGAAGAUCAUGAGGAAAACGAUGAUGAAGUGACAAGAGAAAAUACGAGCAACUUCCCGUUUUCCUCUUCCUCUUCUUCUGCUACUUCAAAUAACAAAGAUACUGUUGCUCAGCAACACCAAAAGCACCUGUGGUUGGGAACCUUAGAUUCUCGAGAAGAUUACAAAGUCCAAGUGCCUGCUAUCAAAUUUGACAAGAAACUAGGGCAGAUGGACUUGUCACUUGGCAACAACAAUGAAUAUCAAUCAAAUAUUGGAAGCUGUAUAGGCGGAGAUAGUGGUAGUACUAUUAGGUGUAUUGAGAAAGAGCACAUGUUUGAUAAAGUUGUCACACCUAGCGAUGUAGGCAAGCUCAACCGCCUCGUUAUUCCAAAGCAACAUGCCGAGAAGUACUUCCCUCUCCACUCUUCAACCAAUGAGAAAGGGCUGUUGUUGAAUUUCGAGGAUCGAAACGGCAAGUCCUGGCGGUUCCGCUACUCGUAUUGGAAUAGUAGCCAGAGUUAUGUGAUGACCAAAGGGUGGAGCCGUUUCGUCAAGGAAAAAAAGCUUGAUGCUGGUGAUACCGUCUCCUUUCAGCGGGGCGUUGGGGAGUCGGGAAAACACCGCUUAUACAUCGAUUGGAGGCGCAGGCCUAAUGCACCCGAUCCAACAACGCUUGCACAUAUACAGCUCCAAAGUCAGUUCAACUUUCCUCACUCUGUCCGGUGGGGUAGCCUCUACUCCAUGCCUCAACCCAUGUGCGUGCCUCGGAACUAUGAGCCUUUGCAUCGCUUGAACUACAGCAUAUAUCCUAACACUCAUCGCCAGCGUCAGGCAAUUACUUAUGGCAAUGCGGGGCAGUAUUAUCCAAGGUCAUCAUCUGGGUCACAUCAUCAUCAAAUUGGAGCAGUGCAAGCAGGAGGAGCGGAGCCUAUGGUGAUUGAUUCGGUGCCGGUUGUUCAGGGUAAUAAAACUGUAGCUAAAAGGCUAAGGUUGUUUGGUGUGAACCUGGAGUGUCCUAAUACUACACAAGCUGAAUCUUCCUCCGGUUUUCCUCAUGGCACAAUAGGUUCAGAUGACUCUCCUCAUUUCUCUUCGUUUUCUCGACAAUCAACAUUGUCCAAUAAUAAUACUUUGCGACAGUCCGGAAUGCAAGCUGAAUAUUCAAAGAAAGGAAAAUCUUCCUUGUCCAUUGAUUUGGAUCUCUGAUGAAGAGAAGAUACAGUGAAGGGUUGCAUUUCCUCUUCUUUUUGUUUGCCUUAUCAGCAACAUUGCCACAUGCGCUGGAUUUAGGAAAGAGGCCUGAAUGAUAUUAAUGAAGAUCAGUCUUUAGCAGCCAUCCUAGUUUUUUUUUUUACAUAUUGUUUUAAUCCAUUACUUUGUUGAGGUUUGGAUCUAUGAGGAGCUAAAGCUGAAAGAAGUUGCAACAUAAUUGAAAAUCGUGUAUAAUACAUAUACAGUUAUAUCAGCAUAUUACCAACUUGUUUAUCAGAAAAAUCAUAUUUUUCUUUA